AUGCCGAUCGCAUCGCUUGCUCCUGCCAACAGCAUGAAGGCCAGGACGACGGCGAUCAACUCGUUCACGAUGUUCCUGGCCGCGGAGAGCUUGACACACGAAGCCACACACCGCCUUAUCGACGGGGAUAAGACAUGUAAGGUAUUGCGUAUUAUACUAGACAAGUAUGCAUAUUCGUUAGCCACAUCAGCCGAAAAGGUUAUAGCAACCAAUACGUGUAUAGCAUACUAUGGCAACGUCAAGAAUUGGCUAGUAGAUAAGUACCUACUGCAAGGAGCUUUGGUUAAAUCUCAGCUCCAAAACAUUCUAUCAGGGCUGGGUAAGUAUUGUAGUAACCGAGAGGAGCUCGGCGACGAGAAGAAAGCACCCCCGUGCUCUAAAGAAGACUUAGAAGCUAUGGUGUCUCUACUGUACUCAACGGCUGCGACGGAGAGUGAAUACCUCUACGCGGCCCUAGUCGUGAUGAUGUGGUACCUUUACGGUCGAAGCUCGGACGCGGAAGCAGUCGAGAAGAGCCAGCUAUCCAUCUUGCCUGGUGGCGUCUUAUUUCUUCGAUUUAAGCGGGUUAAAACAGCUUUACUACAAGGCAUCUCCUUAUUCAAGGACCCAACAAAUUGCUUGACAUGUCCUCUGCAAGCUUUGGCUGUGGCGCUGAUUAUGCAGAAGGCACCAAGCCAGCGCAUGCUCCCUCAGUUCAUCGCCAGAAAGCACAGAUCAGAUGAUAUUGAUGAUGUACAGGAGCUUACAUUGAUUGAACUACUGGAAGUUGAUGAUGACCAGUCUUCUAUGGAGGAAUCUGAAGCACCUUCGACAAAGCAGCCAGUUCCUGGUGCACAAGCAUACGUCAACAGGUUGCUGGUUAGUGUUAAGAAGCUCGCCGAUUUGCGUAGCAUUCGCAUGACGCCGCAGCUUAUCUCCCAUUCCUUUUGA